UAAUUUGCGUGGCAUAACUCAUCAUAUGGCUUAUAAUUUUUAUAGUGGAAUAGUACAUGUGUUCCAAAACUGAUCUUAUCCAUCCGUAUAUUGGUAGCAAAACUCUUCAUAUCCUGCAUGCGAAAAUUUCUUUAAUCAUUUUGGUUUCAUACCAGCUGUUUUUGAAACCGCAAGUAGAGCAGGUUUUUGUUUAGAGAUAAGGAACGGAAGGAUUACUAUGUAUUCCAUCAGAGGGAGGUGAUGAACUGUCCGAUCAAAAAUAACCGAUGAGAAGCUACUAAAUUGAUUGAUUUCCGAAGACUGUGGUAACAAGAAGUUAUUUACAAAAUGACGACCACUGUUCUCACUGACCAAGUAAUAUCAAAAAAACCAAGAAAAAUUCACCGUGCCUUGAUGAAAGAAGAAAAGCCAAUACCGAGUUAUCCUCCAUACAAAUUUUAUAAAUGGGAAUUCAAAACGCCUGUCCAAUGGUUCAACGUGUUUGUCUUAUCAGCAUGGCAUCUCCUUGCAGUUUUGGCAGCCUUCUAUAUUGACUCUUGGACCAAACCGAAAGUUUUGCUAUUCUAUGUUAUACUAGCAACUCUGACCGGAUUAGGCAUCACUGGUGCAGCUCAUCGAUACUUCACACAUCGAUCUUACAAAGCCAGAUUGCCAUUGAAGAUAUUCCUUUUGUUUUGCUUCAGUAUAGCUGGACAGAACUCAUUGGUAGAGUGGGUUCGUGACCACAGAACGCAUCACAAAUUCAGUGAAACUGAUGCUGAUCCACACAAUGCGAAACGUGGAUUCUUUUUCUCUCACGUGGGCUGGUUGAUGAUGAAAAAACACCCGGAUGUUAUCAGGAAAGGUCGAACGGUCGAUAUCAGUGACUUGUUGGAUGAUCCUAUUAUUGUAUUUUACCAAAAAUAUUUCAACUGGUUUAAAAUUCCCUUGUGCUUCGUUAUACCAACUCUAGUGGCACAUUUUUACUUUGACGAAUCCUGGUUCAAUGCUAUUGCAGGAGUAUGUUUCGUGAAAUACAUCAUCUCGCUCAACUCUACAUGGUGCGUAAAUAGUGCUGCACAUUUGUUUGGGAACAAACCGUAUGACAAGAAAAUCUAUCCAAGUGAAAAUCUGUUGGUUUCACUUAUCGCGAUGGGAGAAGGUUACCAUAACUACCAUCAUACGUUCCCUUGGGACUAUAGGACGGCUGAGUUUGGCAAAAUGUUGAACGCGACGGCACUUUGGAUAGACUUUUUCGAAAAGAUUGGUUUGGCCUACGACCUCAAGAGCCCUUCUGAGGAAUUGGUCAGGAAAGUGGUUGAAAACCAAGGAGACGGAUCACAUUAUAAGUGGGGACACGAAGUUCCCUAUGAUGCAAAUGAGAAUAAGAAAUUUGUGAACUGAACGAAACAGACCAAAUAAAUUAUGUGUUAGUGGG